UCAUCAUCAUCAUCAGAAGUCAUGUCUUCACGUUGUCUCCUGCUGGUUCUGCUGGGUCUCGCCUGCCUUCAGUCCUUCACAAUGGCUGAGCAUGUAAAUGGACUAACUGAAUGCUGUUUCAGUUACCAGACACAUCCAAUCCCUGUAAAACGCAUUACAGCGUAUAAGGAAACAGAACAUCGGUGUACAAAACCUGGAGUCAUCUUUACUCUAAAGAGCGGGCGUCAGCUGUGUGCAGACCCCAGCGUCGAGUGGGUGCAGAAGCACAUGAAAACAGUUGACCAGCGAUAGAUUACUCCUGUAGGCCCGAACUGACCUU